AUGGCGAACACAACUAAAAUGCUUUAUCUUCCCGACAUGGUGGCUAAUUGGCCAUGGAAACGAGCCAUUAACCCAUACUAUGACGAGGUUAAGGCAGAGUCGAGCGCCUGGUUCCGCAGCUUCAAGGCAUUCUCCGAGAGAUCCCAGUAUGCCUUUGACAAGUGCGACUUCCAACAUCUUCGAACUGGUUGCGACUUGAUGAACCUAUUCUUUGUCAUCGACGAGUACACCGACGUAGAGCCAGCGCCUGUGGUUCGCGAGAUGGUGGACACCGUCAUCGAUGCACUUAAUAACCCACACAAGCCUCGUCCAGAGGGUGAGAUCCUUCUGGGCGAGGUUGGAAGACAAUUCUGGGAGUUAGCAAUUAAGACCGCAACACCAACAGCCCAACGACAUAUGAUCGAGACUUUCGUUGCGUAUCUUGACUCUGUCGUCGAGCAAGCGAGAGACCGCGAUAACGACACGCGCCGCCCCGUUCCGUCCUAUUUUGAGACUCGUCGCGAGAACAUUGGAACCAGACCUUCAUUUGCGAUAUUUGAACUAGGAUGCGAUAUACCCGACGACGUCCUUCACCACCCGGAUGUUAAAGAGCUAGUCAGACUCUCAACGGACAUGAUCAUCAUCGGUAAUGACAUGGCUUCAUACAACAAAGAGCAGGCGACUGGAGACGACCGACACAACAUACUAACCAUUGCGAUGAACGAGUUUGGCUUUGGCUUGGAGGAAGCUCAGGCCUGGGUCGUUAUCCUUCAUGCAGACCUUGAGAAACAAUUCCUCGAAGCCAUGAGAUGCGUACCAUCCUGGGGCCCUGAUGUCGACGGCCAGAUCCAACUGUAUUUGGAUGGAGUUGGAAACUGGGUUCGAGCCAGUGAUUGCUGGAACUUCGAAAGCGGCCGCUAUUUUGGGGACAAAGGUCUCGGUAUUCAAGGGACACGCCAGGUACCUCUUCUGCGGAAGGUUGCUCCACCACGCAACGACGAAACCCUUCGGAGGGAGAACGUUGUUAUUCCUCUCAUCGAGUCGCUGGAAGCCAAUGCCUAA